CCCCGUCCACACCGUACCGUCGCUGCCCUGGCCUGCAUGUCUAUCAACAACUGCAUGGUUGACAUGGUCAGUAUUGCUUAGCACUGUGCGUCUGUGGCAGUUGUGUGUUGUGUGACCUAUCCAGCAGCGUGGGUUGCCGCUCGACCACCGACUACCAAGUCUGUCACUGACACGAUGCUACCACUACCCAACAUUGGCAGCGCUUGCUAGCAAAACUGAGACUGCGAUGUUGGCGUUGGUAAUCCUCAUGGUCAAGGUUUGCUCAGGCUGAUGACUGGAGUUGAGGGGGAACCUGUCACACAUCUUGGCGUGGAGUGCUCCUAGAUUUGCUCAACACAGACAACAGUCUGUACUCUCCCUUGGUAUCGUUCUGGGCGUGAUAGAAACUGGUUGUCGAGCCGGAAAGGGAUUAUAACAACGAUCCAGCGGCACAGCAGUGUAGGUGAUCUGCAACGCAUCACAUUAUCCUCGCGUUGCCUUAUCUCGAUUCCUUAGUGCUAGACAUAGACGCACACUGGUCGGGACGGUGGGCAAUCGUCGACCCGUCACUUUGUCAUCAUCGUUCAGUAUCACAGGCUGCUGACUUGACCUUGCUGAAACUCACCAGUGGACGUGGAAGUUGAGGUGUGCGGAGAGUGUGUGUAUUGGACGACUAGAACUGCUGGGCCGAAGGCGUAGCCAAGGUGGUGUUGGAACUAGGCCGAGGAUUGCAUUGCAUCCUCGCAUCGACACGUUGGGUUAUCUGCAGCUUCUCCUAGAUCCAGCUAGUUGUUUCUACUGCAUUUGCAGAGGAGAGAGAGCACAACCUGUAGGGACAGGUGGCUGCGUUGAAGAUGCAGCGUGGUCCAAUUGAGCAACUCAAGGUUGCUGUGAUUGGUGAUGGCACGGUGGGUAAGACGUCACUCCUCUACACGUUCAGUAGCAAUGUCUUCCCUGGUGAAUACCUACCUACUUAUGACACAGAUCAUUUCGCCGCCAUAGUAACUUUCAACGGGGAGCACUACCGUCUACUACUCUGGGACUCACCGGGACAGGAUGAACUCUUCGCUCCUGUUCGUCCAUUGCUGUUUCAACAGGUGGAUGUAAUACUGGUAUGUUUUGCAAUCGACAGUCCUGCAUCCUUACACAAUGCCAGGUACAGAUGGGUGCCGGAACUGAAAAAGGUCACCCCUGACACACCCAUGAUCAUCGUUGGCACGAAGAGUGACCUACGACCGGCAAGGCGCUAUCCACAGGCAAUCAAUGGUCAUUCCAGCUCAUCGUCUACAUCGCACACCACUCAUGCACCGAUUCGUCUGUCCUCAUGGUCCCAUCAGAUGGCGUCGGGUGACAAAUCACCGCACGGAUCGCUCGCGCCCAGAAGCAGCAGAUCACCAUUUCCCCUCUUGUCUCCCCGUAAGCAUUCUUCCCGCGAUAGAGACCACGCACCUUCAACAUCCUCAGCGACAAGUCCAACAAGUGCUACACCCACUCAUCAUGGAUCACACCGUCUAACCCCUAAUGGAAGACACAACCACACGAACGGGACUUCCCCCGAUAACAACCACGACCUCACUUCUCCGGAGCAGGGUGGCCCGACAUCCCCCGCUAAGACAGCAUCCGGGAAGCCUAUCAUUGAGUAUACAGAAGGCCUGCAGCUAGCCAGAGAAGCAGGUGCAUCCGCCUAUGUUGAAUGCUCCGCACUCGUCAAGUCUGGAAUGGACGGUGUGUUCCAGGAGACGUGCGCAGCGUACUGUCUGAAGCAUGACAGACUCUACAAGUCUAGUCCGGCAGUGCGUAGCUCAAUGCGCUGGAGAAGCCGACCUACCACUGGCUACAAACCGUCCUUCCGUAGAGCCCUUUGAACACAAGCACCCCGGCACCAGCAUGCAAGUCUAGUUCAGCAGAACAUAGCUCCAUUUGCGCGAGACGCAACCCCAUGCAGCACUGGCUACGAACCGUCUUGUUACCCCAUGCAGCACUGGCUACAAACCGUCUUGUCUUUCCGUAGAGCCGUUUGAACGCAAGCACCCACCACUGCUACUGCUGCGACUGUCAUCAACGCAGACAUCCCCGCAUGCAGAGAAGCUGUGCGUGCUGACUGGAUGAGGUGGUCGUGAUAGCUCCGCACUGCCAACCUUGAGCCCUAUCUUUAUCAACCCCACAUUGUCUCCUUGUCAAGACCAAAGCAUUGAACGAAUGAACUGAGAACAGAGCGGUAUGCCGUGCAUGCCCACAACACCCGCGACUUCUGAACGCACACCAAUGUGGCCCACACUCAAUUACGAAUGUUACUGUAGCAAUUUUUAUUACCAGCUGUUGUUCAUACACUGCACAAAGGCUUUUAGCCUUGAGAAUCUUCAUAUUUUCAUAUUCUGAAAUUGCAAAAUUUGUAGCAACGCUAGUUUAGUGCGUCCUGUGCAAAUUAUUGUAUCUUUAGUGUGUCUAGUGCAAAAUAUUGUUGUAUCACAUGUGCAGUACCAUCGUCUGUAGCAGAGAUUAUCAAACGAGCUGCGAUAUUUCCACGGAACGUGUGCAGCAUGACAACAGGUGUGCGUUUCUAUUUUAAAGAGUAUAAGUACGGCAAUAUUACUUUCUGCAAUUGUAAGAUGUCAGUGAAAUAUAAUCACCCACUACCAUAGUUGCUGUGGUUAUUUUUUA